AUGAAUGAAACUGAUUUAUCCAAUGUUUAUCCGCAUAUAUUUAAUUGUUUCUCAAUGAUAUUUAAGAUAUCUCCGAACUUUCCAAGUAUGUUAUUCCUUUAUUUAAAUGGUUUGCAUUGCGAAAACGAAAUGAUACAGAAAAAUAUUUUGAAAACUUUACAAAGGUUAUUUAUUGAACAUGAUUUCAUGAGAUACGCGUUUUCUAAUUUGGCAAAAGCUUUAGAUGGUUUUACUUCUCUUUAUUUAAAGUCAGAAUCAAGUGAAAUUAAGUUUUUGACAUUGAAAGCAAUGACACUUUUGUAUUCAGUUGAUGAAAAAAUGACAAUGAAAUACAAUUUGUCAAUUUCAACAAUAAUCAAUGAAGAAGUCUUAGAAAACCAGAAAAUGGACUUUAUUACAAUUGAUUUUAUCAAUCAGUUAUUAACAAUUAUUUUUGAUAUUUCUAUUUUUAAUGAAGACUUUCUUAAAUCAGGCAGCCACCAAAUUGUUUAUCCGCAGAUAUUAGUUAUGUUGUUUAAAUACGCAAAUGAUUUCAAAUUACCUGAAAAUUAUUUGCCAAAAUUAUUUAAUUCAAUGAUUGAAUUUCCUAAUUCUUUGUCAAAUAUAUUUGGUGUUGCUUCUUGGUUGUAUUAUUUCACGUUGUUUAUUAAGAACUACCAUUAUGAACCAAAGCUGUUUUCAACACUUUUGAAACAAAGUUUAAUGACAAAAGAUGAAAAAUAUGAAAUUUUGUUUUCUAUUUUGAAUCCUACUGAAAUUUUAACAAUUUUGGCACUUUUAAUAGAAGAAAUCGAUGAUUUAGAAGCACAGAAUGAAAUGUAUCUAGUGAGAUUGUGUAAAAUUUCUUGCAUGUUCUUGCAGAAAAACAAAAAUGAAGAAUUUGUUGGCAAAACCGCCAAAAUUUUAGGAUUUUUAUUCAACAAGAACAUGUCAUUGAAUAUUUCGAUAAAUGACAAGAAAAUCAAUGUUUUAACUGCUUUUACGAAUAUUGUUGGACUUUAUCCGAAUGCAACAAAAGAAAUUUAUGAAAAAAUAAUGUCGAAAAACAAUGAAAGCGCUAUAGUUGAAUUGGCAGAAGCAAUGAUAUCUAAACCUGUUGAAUACUUGUUUGAUUUCGAUGAUUUCGUUUUCAAACCUGAUGAAAAAUUAGUUUUGAUUGAAAACAAAACCGCUUUUUAUGAUUUGACAGAAUUCAACAAAAAAUCAUAUGAAAGCAAAAUUUUGCAACAAAAGAAGAUAUUUUAUUCCUUUUUAAGACUUGUUAAAACAGAUGGAGGUCCAUGA